GGCAGGCUUUCCAGGACCUUAGACAGGCAUGGCUGAGGCGGGAAAUGUGGCCUCUGGCCUUGGGCUUCCUGGAGAAGUCUCCCAGUGGCCUCUGAAGCGCUAUGGCCGCUUCAUGCUCUUGGACAAUGGGGAGUCCCCUGGGCCUAGCUCGGAAGCUGCUGCAGGGCACUCGCCCACGUGGAAGGUUUUUGAAUCCAGUGAAGAAUCAGGGUGUCUCGUUCUCACGAUCGUUGUAUCAGGCCACUUCUUCAUUUCCCAAGGACAGACACUGCUGGAAGGGUUUUCGCUCAUUGGCAGCAAGAACUGGUUGAAGAUUGUAAGACGUGUGGACUGUCUUCUGUUUGGAACAACAAUAAAGAACAAGAGCCGAAUGUUUCGUGUCCAGUUUAGUGGGGAGUCCAAGGAAGAGGCGCUGGAGCGCUGCUGUGGCUGCGUGCAAACCCUGGCCCAGUACAUCUCCGUUCAGGAGCCUGACAGCACCACCCAGGAGCUUCAGCGGAGCACAGGCCCAUGUGAGGCAGGUGAAAGCCAAGGGAAGGACCCACUGCAGGGGCCCUCCCUGACCCUGGAGCAGCAUGUGUGUAUGGCAGCUGGGACAGGCACUCUACAGGAAACGACUUCAGUGGCACGUCUAGCUCAGUCUAUCCUGGCACCAGAGAAGCUGACCCUAGCCUAUGAAGGAUCAUCAUGGGGAACAGAAGAAUUGGGCCCUUUUCUACGCUUAUGCCUCAUGGAUCAAAACUUCCCAGCAUUUGUGGAAGAGGUGGAGAAGGAACUUAAAAAGAUCACCGGGUUGAAAAACUAAAGCCCUGCACAUGUAUGCAAUUAAGGAACUGAAGGUAUUUGAAUAAAGAGUAUUAUUCCAAGCA